AUGGUGCCUGAACGUGCGAAGCUGCACUUGGUCAUGACUCUCUGGCAGUCUGGUUAUGCUGGGAACCAUAUCAUCUUGAGAUCUGCACUUAAUAUGGGAAUAAGCAAGAUAGUUUUCCCUCUUUAUCGGAAUGCUAUCGCACUGUUUGUUCUGGCUCCCUCUGCAUAUUUUUCAGAGAAGAAUGACAGGCCACCAUUAACCACUUCAAUUUUGAUAGAAUUUUUCCUCCUCGGAUUUAUUGGGAUAACAUGCAAUCACGGAUCCUAUCUUCUGGGUUUGGACAAAACUUCUCCUACCUUUGCUUCUGCUACAGAGAACAUUGUUCCUGCUGUAACCUUUCUCAUAGCUGCGCUACUCAGAAUAGAGCAAGUGCAUUUGAACAGGAAAGAUGGUAGAGCUAAGGUGCUUGGAACUGCUGCUUCUGUUGCUGGAGCUUCACUCAUUACCCUUUACAAGGGGCCAGCCAUAUAUACACCAAAUUCACAUUUACACCACCAAUCACGAGUUUUACUUUCUUUAGGAGAUGACGAGGGGGAGAAUUGGACCUUGGGUUGCAUCUAUCUCAUUGUUCACUGCCUAUGUUGGUCAAGUUGGAUUGUUUUACAAGCACCCCUCUUGAAGAAAUAUCCAGCUCGGCUUUCGGCCACCUCAUAUUCUUGCUUCUUCAGUGUUUUGCAGUUUCUGGCAAUUGCAGCAUACUUUGAGAAAGACUCUCAAGCCUGGCAAGUUCAUUCCAGUGCUGAACUUUUCAGUAUUUUCUAUACGGUCAGUAAUUUAAACACAGAACCUCAUAUUCCUUAG